AUGGGGAAUGAGCAGACGAAUUCCAAAACAGGAAAAAUUGGGGUUGAGGCUAAUCUCCCCAACUUUCCCCUUUAUGUCAGGCUCAAAUAUGUGAAACUUGUGAAACUUGGUUACCAUUACUUAAUCUCAAAGGCUAUAUAUCUCUUGUUAUUUCCUCUACUCUGGAUCAUUUCUGCUUAUCUCACGACUUUUUCUCUGAAGGAUUUAUUCCUUCAAUUGAACCAGCUGAAAUUCAAUCUUGUCACUGUUGUUGUAUGUUCUUUUCUAAUGGUUUUAUUGGGCACAUUUUAUUUCAUGACAAGGCUGAGGAAUGUCUACUUGAUGGAUUUUGCGUGUUUCAAGCCUAAACCAGAACUUAUGUGCAGUAAAGAAUUUUUCGUGGAGACAUCAAGAAAGGCCGAUAUUUUUACCAAAGAAAAUUUGGGUUUUCAGAAGAAAAUCUUGGAAAGAUCAGGAAUAGGACAGAAGUCAUAUAUUUCGGAAUCCCUUUUCCGCGUGCCUGUGAAUCUGUGUAUAUCUGAAGACAUAAAGGAGGCUGAAAUGGUAAUGUUUGGUGCAAUCGAUGAUCUUUUAGCUAAGACAGCAGUGAAGGCUGAGGAUAUUGGGAUUCUUGUGGUGAAUUGUAGUUUGUUCAGUCCAACACCAUCACUUUCUGCUAUGGUAGUGAACCAUUACAAGCUUCGGGGCAAUAUUGUGAGCUAUAAUCUUGGAGGGAUGGGAUGCAGUGCUGGAUUGAUCACUAUUGAUCUUGCCAAACAACUUUUACAGGUGCAUCCCAACUCCUAUGCACUGGUAGUGACCAUGGAGAACAUGACACUCAAUUGGUAUCUUGGCAAUAAUCGAUCAAUGCUCGUCACAAAUUGCUUAUUUCGGAUGGGUGGUGCUGCCAUCCUCUUGUCCAACAAUUCAUCUGAUCGUCAUCGUUCAAAAUAUCAUUUAAUCCACACUGUCCGUACACACAAAGGAGCCGAUGAAAAAAGCUAUGGCUGCAUAUUGCAAGAAGAAGAUGACAUGAAGAAAAUUGGAGUGUCAUUGUCCAAAGACUUAAUGGCUGUUGCUGGAGAUUCCUUAAAAACAAAUAUUACAACCCUAGGACCAUUAGUCCUUCCCAUGUCGGAACAGCUAUUAUUUUUUGUAACCUUGGUUGCAAGAAAGGUAUUGAAAAUGAAAAUUCGUCCUUAUGUCCCAGAUUUUAAGCUCGCGUUCGAGCACUUCUGCAUUCGUGCAGGAGGAAGAGAGGUGUUGGAUGAACUGAAGAAGAAUCUCGAACUUUCUGAGUGGCAUAUGGAGCCAACGUUCGAGCACUUCUGCAUUCAUGCAGGAGGAAGAGCGGUGUUGGAUGAACUGAAGAAGAAUCUCGAACUUUCUGAGUGGCAUAUGGAGCCAUCAAGAAUGACACUUUACAGGUUUGGGAAUACUUCUAGCAGUUUAUUGUGGUAUGAAAUGGCCUAUUCAGAGGCCAAGGGAAGGAUUAGAAGGGGGGAUAGAAGUUGGCAAAUUGCAUUUGGAUCAGGGUUUAAAUGUAACAGUGCAGUGUGGCGUGCAUUGAGGACCGUUGAUCCGGCUAAGGAGAAGAACCCUUGGAUGGAAGAGAUUAAUGAUUUUCCAGUUGAGGAUGAACUGAAGAAGAAUCUCGAACUUUCUGAGUGGCAUAUGGAGCCAUCAAGAAUGACACUUUACAGGUUUGGGAAUACUUCUAGUAGUUCAUUGUGGUAUGAAUUGGCCUAUUCAGAGGCCAAGGGAAGGAUUAGAAGGGGGGAUAGAACUUGGCAAAUUGCAUUUGGAUCAGGGUUUAAAUGUAACAGUGCAGUGUGGCGUGCAUUGAGAUCCGUUGAUCCGGCUAAGGAGAAGAACCCUUGGAUGGAAGAGAUUAAUGAUUUUCCAGUUGAGGUUCCACGGGUGGCAGCCAUUAAUAAUUGA